GAGAGCAGCGGAUUAAAAUGUCAUACUGUCCUUGAAGGCAGCGUGCGCCGAUGGCGCCCUCUGGCGGAUUGGUUUCUGUUUGUGAUGAACAGAAAGUGAAAGAGAAGUUCGCCCCGGAGGAAACAGCAGGACGAACUCGCCUGGUGGGAAGGAAACCAGUCGCCCGGUUCCUCGGCUGCUUCUCUGGUCCUGCGCGAGUCGACAUGUCUUCUGACGAGGACUUCUCCCUGGUGACCGACGACGGUGUGGAGCAGGAGACGGAGGAAGGACUGAGAAAGCUCAUCCAAAGUUACAAGGAGCGGCACACGCAGCUGCUGGCAGAGCAGAAGCAGCUGGCAGCAGAUCGAGACCAGCAGCGCAAACUGAGCCAGGAUUUCAACCAGCGCUCGGAGAAACUGACCCAGCGUCUGAAGACAGACAAGGAAGACUUCCAGCGACAGCUGUCACAUGAAAAGGUCCAGCUGAGCCAGCUGCAGGAGGAGCAGGCGGCCCUGACCCUGGCCAUCCAGGAGGCCACGGCGGCGCUGGCCGAGGAGGAGUGCGCCAGCAGCCUCCUGAAGCAGCAGGCCAGCGUGUUCCAGGCCGCGCCACAGAGGGAGGUGGUAUUCCACGGGCGCACGAGCGACGUGACCCCCGGCAAGGUCUUCAGCAUGAAGGCCAAGAUCCUCUACCCCAUGGAAGGAGGGACGGCACUGGUCACGUUCGAGGAGGCGGCAGCUGCGUCCAAGGUGGUGGAGAUGAGGCGCCACACGGUGAGCCUGGGGGAGGACUGUCGCAUGACGGUGGAGGCCGGGCCCCUGCAUCUGCUGCUGCCCCGGCGCGUCCAGAUCCACACUGAAGUGAGUCGGAAGAAGAUCCUGAUCUCUGACCUUCCCGACAUGGACCCCGAGAUCCUGCUCGACAAGCUGCAGAUCCACUUUGCCAAGAAACGGCACGGCGGCGGCGAAGUGGAGGAGUGCGAGCUGCUGGGCGACUCCGGGACGGUUGUGGUGACGUUUGUGGACGACAACGUCUCAGCCGGUCUGACGGAGACGGAGUUCCACGACAUCCAGCUGCAGCAGAAGAGGACGCACCGAGUCCGAGUCACGCCCUUCCUGCACGGACGACCCUCCGACCUCCAGAACAAGCUGAUGCCGUGUCCUCGCACCGUCCUGCUGACCGGGAUCCCGGACGUGAUGGAUCAGGAGACCCUCCAGGACUUGCUGGAGAUCCACUUCCAGAAGAGCGGGAACGGCGGCGGGGAGAUCGAAGCCAUCCUCUACAAUCCCCUCGGUCACCAAGCGAUGGCGCAGUUCGAGAGCGUCAAAGAGGAGUGAGGACGAAGGGGCGGGAUCUGAGCCCACGUCACGUCGCUGCUAGCUAAAGGUUUGUCCACGAAUAAAGCGCCAAACUGGAACACAGUCAGACCACUUUAUUGUAAAAACAAAAGAACGUAACAGAAGGUCACGGGGGUCGAGGGUCAACGUCUGUAGGCACUUCAGAGGGACGAUAGACACAUUCACACACGCUUCGGAAGACAUCCAAUAAUUUAAAAUCUCAAACUGGUGCCCAGAAUCUCAGCCGUGACAGGUGACAGCGCCCCCGUGAGGACAGGUACAGUUUAAACAGCUAAAAGUCGGCUCCCGGAGACAGGAAGGUCCGACGUCUAAAAUAGUUCAAGUUUGACAUGAAAACCAGCCACUUGUGCUAUGGAAGAAACUAAUCCCCUAAAAUAUGACUCUGCAUAAAAUACCGUUAAAAUCCAGUCGCUACAUUCCACCGCGGAGACGCAUCCGUCCACCAGGGGGCAGGAGAGUGAGUGUGCGUGAAGGGCAUCUGUGCUACAAGGUUCAGAUCACCAGGGGCGCCCAGUCGCUCGGGGUCCGGCCGUACUGUGGAGCAGCCAGAGCCGUUGUCAGAGGAGCCGCCGGGGCCUAAGGUAAGGUCAGAGGUCGCCGUGUCUCACCUGAAUGUCCGUUAGCUCUUUGUGGAACCGUUUGGCCAGGUCCGGACCGUUCUGCAUGGUCGGGAUCUGAUAGGUCUGCGAGACAAGAGGGCGCUGUCAGAGGAGAGGAGGAGGGGGAAGAGGAGCCAGCCGUGGCCGCCGCCGCUCACCUGGCCCAUGUACUGGAGGCUGCCCACCGGACACACCACGCAGGCAGUGCCGGCCCCGAACACCUCAAUCACCCGGCCCUCGUCCAGAGCCUGCAGCAGCUCCUGCAUGCCCAUCGUUCGCUCAGUCACCUUGAACUCGGCCUGGAGACACACACACAGGCUUUUGUGACGACAUCAUGGCAGGUCAUGUGACCUCCGUCGAGGGGAUUCAUGGAUUUAAAAAAAAAUAAAUAAAAGUUUUCUUCACAGAAACCAACACAAUCACAAUAGGGAGUUAAACACAGACCAGUUCAAUGAGAUUAUUCUUAGCUCUGUACCAUUUUUGGUGCAUUUUGUAACUUAACGUUUAAAUUUAAUAAUGAUGUGAAACUUGCUUUUCAUGUCUUGUCUGGAAAGACAUGGCAUUUUCACCAAAACUAUCAAAAAAUGACUACAAACUCCAGCAUAACUCUGAAAAUAUUAAGCAAAAAUAAUGAAUACAAAAAAAACAUCCUGCUCUGACUUUGAACAGGUGAAUGGUCUUGAAUAUUUACUGGAUUUAAAUUGAAAAAAAAAAAAAAUCUGGUUCAUAUGCAGUUGAAAUAUUUAAAAAAAAUAAAAUGACAGAAAGUCAGUACUAUAAAACAGUAUUGCAAAGGAAAAAAUAUUUAGAAAAUUUUGUGGAAUAAUAUUUUUCUACUUACAAGAAACAAGUAAAGUAUUUGAAAAAUACAAAUUUAAGAAAUGACUCACAACAUACAGACAAGGUACAUAUCUGUAACUAAAAUAAUGUUGAGGAAUAAGAGACUAAACUAGGACAAUAAAACAGCCCAAGAAAUUCAGUUUUACAUAUUAAUGUCCAACUAAAAAUAUUUCUAAAAAAAAAAUUAGAAACAAAUACAGAAGCCACUACUGAAAGGACAUGAGGAAGAAGGAAGACUAGUAAACCAUGAGUAGAAACAGGGUCCAUGAGCGGCAGAGGCCUCACCCAGUCCCUGGCCAGGUCCAGCAGCGACUGGCGGGUCACUCCAGGCAGAAUGAUGCCGUCCAGAGGAGGCGUCAGCAGCUCUCGCUCUGCACACACACCGAUACACACAGGAGCGCGUCAGGACACGGCCCACGCCGGCGUCAGGUCACGUGAGCCUCACCUCCCCGCUCGUUGGUCCAGUAGAUGAAGAGGUUCAUGGUUCCCACCUCGGUGAUCUCCUCCUGCUCGCCGUACAACCAGAGGACCUGCUGGCAGCCGCGUUUGGCCGCCUGGUUCUGCACUGCGAUGGUGGGCCCGUAGUUCCUGAGGAGCAGAGCCACGGCGGCAGCGUCACUCACAGACCCACGGCUCAGUGCCAGACUCACCCUCCCAUCUUGUAGGCGCCCACGCCACCCUUCCACGCCCGCACGAAGGAGGGGUCGGCCAGCAGAGAGACGGGGUUGAAGGAGCCCGUGGCAAAGUACGGCCCCACCGGGCCCACGAUGACAAAGAUCAUGGCUUGUCCGGCGC